UAAUUGUUAAAGGGCUGGAGACUGAUCGCUCAGGUAACGCGAGCCCUGGACUUUCCUUUUAUUUUCAGUGCCUUUGCAACGAUUGUCAUUUGUUAAGUUUUAAUACUGUUUUGGAUUUUUGUUUUGCUUGGUUUUUUUUUCUUGUUUGUUUGUUCCUCCCCCACUUCCAUAGCUUUUGGCUGCUCCUUUCCGUUUAGAUCCUUGUUACAGGCGACUCCAGUGCGACUAACUUCAAAUGAAUAAGCAAAGCAACCUUCUUCUGUUUCUCAUGGUCAACCACUGACCAAACAAACUUAAUCAAGAUUGAAGUAAUCGAGUAAACAACAGCAACAACACUGAUUCGGCCGUGGAACGUUCCCGGGAGGGAAGCAUUGUGACGUCAGCGCACCUACUAAUCCUCCCAGUUGAGGGGGAGCCUGGAGCCAUGAGGUCAUCGCAGCGGCCAGUGUAGCCAUCCGGGCGGCGGCAGCGGCGGGGGAGGGGAGAGCAGAGCGGAGCAGAACGGAGAGCGGGCCCAAGCCAGGCUGACUGGGAGCCUGCCGCCGCGCUCCAGCUGUACUGAGGCGGACGCCGAGCUCCUGCAAGCAUGGAGGAGGCUGAGGCGAAGGAGCUGCAGAUCGGCUCCUGGCUACCCGUGCUGGUGGAGCAGAUGGUGAACGACACAUUGGUGGUCACCUUGAGCUGUGGGGAGAGGCGCUUCACUGGGAUCCUCCUAGACUGCACUAAAAAGUCUGGGUUGUUCUGUCUUCCACCACCUUCGUUGCCAAAGCAAGAGGAACCUCCUGCAGCUGCUUGCACUAAUUGGGUUCCUGAAGACAGCCAGCCUGUGAAGGGUGAGACUGAGUCACAGUUUUCUAGUGAAAAACCUCCCAAAGGAAACAAUGAUGAACAGGUUCCUCCUCUUUUGCCACCUCCAUCACCAGGCAGUGUUCCUCCUUACCCUCCCUAUUUUGAGGGAGCUCCAUUUCCUCCUCCCUUAUGGUUAAGACACACAUAUAACCAAUGGGUUCCUCAGCCACCACCAAGGACUAUAAAGAGGACAAAAAGACGGUUGUCACGAAAUAGAGACCCAGGAAGGCUCAUCAUGAGCACUAUUAGACUGAGGCCCAGGCAAGUGCUCUGUGAAAAAUGUAAAAACACUCUGAACCCAGAGGAAGCGAACAAGGCCAGGCAAAAUGCUAAAACAAGGAGAAAGCUAAGCAUUCAGGACAAGGAGCAAAAAAAGCACAGUGAUUCUGAUUAUGUAGAGAAAAGGAAUAAAAGAGAAAAGAGGGAGGGAGACAAAUUUUCUGGGGAAUUAGUGCAUCGAACUCCAGUUAUAAAAAUAUCCUACAGCACGCCACAAGGUAAAGGUGAAGUUGUGAAAAUUCCUUCCCGGAUUCAUGGCUCUGUUAAACGGUUUUGUCCACAGCGGAUAUUGCAGAAUGGAAGGGAGGACCAAGAGGUGAACAGAGAUUCUGACCGAUAUCAGGAAACCAAAUGUUUUAUGGAUAAGUCGGCAAGCAGCCAACUUGCUUCCAUUCCAAAACUGAAAUUAACUAGGCCUGUGCAUUCCAGUGCAGAUGUUCCACCUCCAAAAAUCAGACUGAAACCUCAUCGAAUAAAUGAUGGUCAGAGUGUUUCCAUUUAUAAAGCAGAACUUAUUGAUGAGAUAAAUGUCCUUCAGAGUAGCAGGGAGUCCAAUCCUGCUGCAUUUUACACUGAUGAAUCUGCAGAUAGAAGUUUAGCAGAGUUGUCUUCUGGGAGUUCAGGUGAAGAUGAUGACUUCAAAAGAUUUCCCCAAGGUAAAGAUGGACAUGAUAACUUGGCUUUUCUUAUGAAUUAUCGUAAAAGGAAGGCAGAUUCUUCUAGUUUAUCAGUGUGUAGCAAUGACAGUCUAGAUGAAUCCAAAUCCUCUAGUUCAGAAGUAACAUCACCAGAAAUGUGUGACUUUUUACCUGGUGAUGAUGCAUCUGUUUCUUCAUCUUCAAAAGAUGAGCGUAAAAUUGUGCCACCAUUAACAUUUAGACUACAUACACAGAGUGUCUCUAAAUGUGUCACUGAAGAUGGAAGAACUGUUUCAGUGGGGGAUAUUGUUUGGGGUAAAAUUCAUGGUUUUCCAUGGUGGCCGGCACGUGUUCUUGACAUAAACCUUAGCCAGAAGGAAAAUGGAGAACCUUCCUGGCGAGAAGCUAAAGUAUCAUGGUUUGGUUCUCCAACAACCUCAUUCUUAUCUGUUUCAAAACUCUCUCCUUUUUCUGAAUCUUUCAAACUGAGAUUUAAUCGUAAGAAGAAAGGGAUGUAUCGGAAAGCUAUAACAGAAGCUGCAAAGGCAGUAGAGCAUCUGACCCCAGAAAUAAGAGAUCUCUUAACACAGUUUGAAACAUAACUUUGCCUCCAAUACCAGGUAACAGAAGAUAAGAGCACAGCUGUUCUCCUAGAGUUUCAUGAAGUCUGUAAACAUCCUGACAUGCUCCCCAGGAGAAUCUUGAGGUUGCCAUGCAGAUGACAGCAGGAUGAGUUUCCUUGUCAGAUUGCACUGCUUAUCUGUGAAGGGUGACGGGCACCUGGACUGGAGUUAGGAGACCCUUCUGGUGCGAGGCUGACAGGAAAGUCUUAAGGAUAUCUAACCGAAAACAAGGGAAUUGACAAGUAAAGCAGUGAACUAGGAGAAUAGUGAAUACCACAACUUGGAAUGUAUUUAUUACUUAAAACUAGCUACUCUUGAUAAAAUCCCAAAAAAUUAUUGCUGCUGCUUAUUUUACUUACAGAUUUCACACACUUGUUAAUUUUAAAGCUACAAAACUUUUACUAUAUACUGUAUUCUAAAAAAUGUAAUUGGAGCAGGACAUGCAAUAGAAUGAAAUCAGUGUAGUGUCUUAAGUACAAUGGACUCACUUUUGUGUCAAUUAAAACUUGGAAAAUGUGCAACACAAUUAUGUGGCCAUUAUUGUGCACACUUUAAAGCUUUUCAAAGAUGUUUACUGCAGAGCUGAGAUAAUCAGUUAAGAACACUAUGAUUUCAAGCACAUAAACAAGCAAUUAACUAGUAAUUCAGAUUGUGAGGUAUUCUAAAUUAAUCUGUGCUUCUUUCAGUCAUCUCUACCCAUAUCCUGUACAUCCUAAAUACAUUCAUCCUAAAUGCACUGAGGUGGAUAUUAACCUAUUGCAGUUCAUUAAUGAAGUUAAUCUUGCAUUCAGACUUUUUUCUAUUCAACCAGUGUAGCUUGUGGCCCAUUGAGAAUACAUGCUGAUUGAUAGGGAAAGGAUUUUUCCACACUUAACAUUGCAGAUAGUUACUAAUGCUCUUUUUGAAAUGUUUACAACAUUAAAGAAUGAGAGCCAAUUUAAAAACAAACUGAAUUACACUGAAGUUUUGGAGGUUUUCAGUAUCCCUUUAAAAAUAGCUUGGAUCUUCCUUUUGUGUAACUUAAAAAACCCCCAAUAGGUUGAGUAUCUAGUGACAUAUAUAUGUGAUACUCAUUUUAGUAAUGGGGAGGAGAGUUCAAAAUUUCCUAAUACAGUUAAUGUGGCUUGUAUGUACUAGAAUGAAACUAAGUGAAGUGUCAUUACAACAUAUGCUAUUUUGUUUUUUCCUAAAACCUUAAUCCAUUUCCCCUUACCAAAAAUAAAAAAAUACAGUUAAGUUUGCUAACCCAGAAAUAUUAGUGGAAAGAGACAAAUAAAAGCUCCUGGGUUUUUUGGCUCCCAUUGAUUCUUUAAAAAUGUGAUGUUUCCAAUGGCCAGUAUUAAAGGGGCUAAAUUUUAAAACUUUUUCAAAAAGAAAUCCAUUGUACAUAAACAAUAUGAGCACCAUAGAUAUAGUGAAGUAGACACACGUCUGAAAAUGUAAAAAGUUAGUUUUACUUUUAUAUAUGCUGUUACUCUGAAUUUCACUUAUUCAGACAAUGAAAGUGAACUAGUCAUCUGUACUAGUGUGGUCAGUUUCUAAUUUAAUUCUAAUUUAGCCCACAAAAGCUUAUGCUGAAAUAAAUUUGUUAGUCUUUAAGGUG